AUGACUACAUUAACACUCCCAAAGACAUUGAAUUUAAUCCAUGACAACUAUCGGUAUUCAACUAAUACAUUACCACCUGAAUUGUCACCACAAAUUUCAUCUUUCAAUCAUGCUAAUUCAACUGAAUCAAAAUUUCAUACCAUCAAUUCAAUUCAGCAGAAAAGAAUUAGUUCCACGAUAAAUGGUUUAAGUGUUUUAUCAAAAAGGGACAAGAAAACAAAAUUCCAUGAUUAUGGUACUGUAAUUUUAGAAGUUAUUAAUGUUUAUUUUAUGCCUGAUUCUCCACCAUUAGAUGCUCAAUUAGAUGAAUUAGAACAAAUGUGUAGAAAUGAAUGUUUUUCACUUGAUCAAAAUGAUAAAAGAAAAUUGAAUUUAAUUAAGCCUAGAAAAGAUAAAGUUUUACCCAAAAUUGAAGAAUUAAAUGAAGAACAAUUAUUUUCAAUCGAAGAAGAAGAUGAAGCUGCUGAAGAAGAAGAUGAUGAAGAAAUGAAAAAGGGCAGUAGAAAAAGUUCAAGAACUAAUUCUUUUAUAGGUGGGUUGAAUAAGAAGUAUAAUUCAAUGUUCAACUUGAAUUCAAAUUUAAAUUCAAAAUUAGAUUUAACUUUUGAAAAAAAUUCAAAAAUUUUAAAUUAUCAAGAUUUUUACGAAGAUGAAGAUAAUGACGGUUAUGAUGCAAAUUAUAAAAGUGAUAAAUUUGAUAAAGAAUUUGAAAAUCAAUUCUUAUUACCAAACUUAAAUUCAAAAAGUAAAAAUCGUCAAAGAAAAGUUUCAAAAUUUCAUAAAAUGAAAUCAUUUACUCAAAAAUUAAGAAAUGAAGAUUCAUUUCGCUCAAAUAGAUUUAGUGCAAUUUUCCAAAAUGCAAGUGAUUAUGAUGAAAAUGAAAAUGAAAUUGAAGAACAACAAGAUUAUAAAUUAAAUAAUUCAAGUAUUAAAAGUGAUUCUGAAUUAAUUUCAAAUAAUAGUUAUAAGCAAAGAAAUGGUUUACAGAAUCAUAAAAGAAGAGUUAAAAUUCAAGAACAACAUAAUGAAUAUAUUUUACCAACUCCAACUUUAUUUGGUUUUUAUUUAUUAACGCCAAUUUUAAUAAUGUAUUAUGUUGGAUUAGAUACUGAUAAAAAAUUUAAUUUACCAGGAUUUUGGCCAGAUCCAAAAACUUUAAAUCAAAUUCCUAAAGAACCUCAUGAAAUUCAAGCUGAAGUUGCAAGAAUUAAAAAAAAUAGAAUUGAUAAAAGAAAUAGAUUGGAAGCUAAAGCUCGUGAAUUGGGGUUAUUGGAAGAUGAAGAUGAAGAGAAGAAGUAA